AUGCGGGUAAACGAUCCUAGAGGGCUCAUUGGGGUCAAUAGUGCCUCUCAGGAUCGCGCCAAGUUCUGCACUGCCGUUGGGGAUGCUCAGCUGGUCGAGGAGGGUCCACCAGCGGUCCAGGUGGCGACGUGGGUCCUGCGGGCUCAAUCGAGGAGUCCUCACUGGUAG